UAAUAUGCUGAUUUUACAAUAAAAAUUGAGAAUUAAGGAUACUGGAAUUUGGGAAUUGCGCGCGAAGCUAAUUCGAAAUAACCCUAAGAUGACUCCGGCACCGGUGCUCAACAUCUCGGCCGGUGAUGAAGAUGAGUAUGAGAAAGAUGAUUUAAUUGUCGACAGUGUUGAAGACGACAGUGAAGACGACAGUGAAGAAGAAGAUGAGUACGAGCAAGAUGAUUUCAUUGUUGAAGACGACAUUGAAGAGGAGGAAGAAGAGCGGAAGAAGAAGAAGAAGAAGAAGAAGAAGAGGUGUUUGAACGUCAUUAGCGUGCUCGAUGAAGAAGACUACGAGCUGCUUAGGGACAAUAAUGCAUUCAAGAAAUUUAAGCGGCUCAAGAAAGCCACUGCCGAGGAAAGGGUUGAGCAUGAUCAGCUGGUAGAAGAGGAGGACAAGCCUGACGACAUUGACGAUGAGAUGGCGGACUUUAUUGUCCACGAAGAUGAGGACGGAGCUCCCAUUAGACGUAACAGGUUGAAGAAAAAGACAUCUCCGCAAGAAUUUGGAAUUGCAUCAUCUUCUUUGCAGGAAGCUCAUGAAUUAUUUGGGGAUGUUGAUGACUUGCUGCUACGCCGCAAACUGGAGUUGGAAUCUAGCCUGUGCGAGGAAACAAGCAUGCAUACCGAGUUUGAGCCCACUGUACUCUCUGACAAAUAUAUGACCGAGAAAGAUGAGCGAAUUCGGGUGAUUGAUUAUCCAGAAAGAAUGCAGAUAUCUGAAGAAACCGCUGCUUCCCUUCCAACUGAUGCUAUCAGUUUAUCAAAUGAGUGCAACUGGAUACUUAAUCAACUUGCCAACGGUGUAGUGCCAUUGUUCAACAAAAGAGGAGCCAGCAAUGAAGGAAACCAUGUGCCUUUGGAUAGGGAUGACAUCUGCCGUUUUUUGCAACUUCGCCAUUUUCAUAAGUUAGAUGUCCCAUUCAUUGCCAUGUACCGGAAGGAGGAGUGUUUAAGCUUGUUGAAGGAUCCCGACCAACACGAUGAUGAUAGUUAUGAUAAGUCUGACACACCACCUAUGCUCAAGUGGCACAAGGUGCUCUGGGCAAUUCAUGACUUGGAUCGCAAGUGGUUACUUCUUCAAAAGCGAAAGACUGCUUUAGAGUCGUACUAUAAUAAAAGAUUUGAGGAAGAAUCUAGGCGGAUGUAUGAUCAAACAAGACCUGACCUAAAUCAGCAGCUGUUUGAGUCUAUUCUCACCUCACUCAAGGCUGCAGAAUCAGAAAGAGAAGUUGAAGAUGUUGAUGCACAGUUUAAUUUACAUUUCCCUCCAGGUGAGCCGGGUCUCGACGAAGGUCAGUAUAAGAGGCCCAAAAGGAAAUCCCAAUAUAGUAUCUGCAGUAAGGCUGGCUUAUGGGAUGUAGCAAACAAGUUUGGGUUCAUUGCGGAGCAACUUGGAAUGGCCUUGUCCUUAACAAAGAUGGGGACCUUCGUGGAGACUCCAAAAGAAACACCAGAGCAGGUGGCUUCAAAUUUUACAUGUGUGAUGUUUAAAAAUCCACAAGCUGUUCUUAAAGGAGCCAGGCACAUGGCUGCUGUUGAGAUAAGUUGGGAGCCAAGUAUCAGGAAACAUGUGCGUGCAUUGUAUGUGGAUAACUGUGUUGUAUCGACAAGUCCGACACCAGAUGGAAAUUCAGCAAUAGACGCUUAUCAUCAACUUGCCAACGUGAAGUGGCUCAGGGAAAAGCCAGUGAACAGGUUUGAGGAUGCUCAAUGGUUGCUUAUCCAAAAGGCCGAAGAGGAUAAGCUUUUACAAGUUACGUUUAAGCUUCCAGAGAAAGUAAUGAAUCAGUUUAUUCAUGACUGCGAAGAACAUUAUCUUAGUGAUGGUGUUACUAAAUCUGCUCAAGUAUGGAAUGAGCAGAGGAGUCUGAUACUGAAGGAUGCUUUGCAUAAUUUUCUGUUGCCUUCGAUGGAGAAAGAAGCAAGAUCCUUGUUGACCAGUAGAGCUAAAAAUAUGUUGUUGUGGGAGUAUGGGAAGGUUUUGUGGAAUAAAGUUUCUGUAGGUCCAUAUCAACGGAAAGACAAUGAUAUUUCCUCAGAUGAUGAAGCUUCUCCAAGGGUCAUGGCGUGCUGUUGGGGCCCUGGAAAGCAGGCCACCACUUUUGUGAUGUUAGAUUCAUCUGGCGAGGUGCUAGAUGUACUUUAUGCUGGCUCCCUUACAUUGCAAUCUCAAAACAUCAAUGACCAACAACAAAAGCAAUGUGACCAGCAGCUUGUUCUGAAGUUCAUGACUGAUCACCGGCCACAUGUGGUUGUCCUAGGAGCUGUGAAUUUGUCUUGCACAAGGCUUAAGGAUGACAUUUAUGAGAUCAUUUUUAAGAUGGUGGAAAAUAACCCAAGAGAUGUUGGACACGAGAUGGAUGAGUUGAGCAUUGUUUAUGGCGAUGAGGCUUUGCCUCGCCUUUAUGAGAAUUCUCGAAUUUCUUCUGACCAACUAGCUGGUCAGCCAGGCAUUGUUCGGCGAGCUGUUGCCCUUGGUCGUUAUCUGCAAAAUCCAUUGGCAAUGGUUGCGACACUUUGUGGACCGGCUAGAGAGAUUUUGUCUUGGAAACUCAGCCCUUUGGAGAAUUUUCUUAAUUCUGAUGAGAAAUAUGCAAUGGCCGAACAGGUUAUGGUAGAUGUCACAAACAAGGUGGGCCUUGACGUUAACAUGGCUACUGCCCAUGAAUGGUUGUUUGCCCCAUUGCAGUUCAUUUCUGGACUUGGUCCCAGAAAGGCAGCAUUUUUGCAGAGGUCUUUAGUAAGGUGGGGAGCAAUUUUAACCCGGAAAGACUUUGUGACAGUUCAUGGACUUGAUAAAAAUGUUUUCGUAAAUGCAGUUGGUUUUUUGCGUGUCCGGCGUAGUGGGCUGGCAGCUAAUAGCAGCCAGUUUAUUGAUUUGUUGGAUGAUACUAGAAUACAUCCAGAAUCUUAUGGUUUAGCGCAGGAGAUGGCAAAAGAUGUUUAUGAAAUAGACAGUGGUGAUGCAAAUGACAAGGAUGAAGCACUGGAGAUGGCAAUAGAACAUGCUAGAGACAGGCCUAAUUUACUAAAAUCUCUUAAAAUUGAUGUUUAUGUCGUUGAUAAGAAGCGUGAAAAUAAGGAGGAGACUUUGAAGGAUAUAAAAGGGGAACUGAUACAGGGUUUUCAGGAUUGGCGCAAACAGUAUAAAGAACCUACACAGGAUGAGGAGUUCUACAUGAUUUCAGGCGAAACUGAUGAAACCCUUGCUGAAGGGAGAACAAUAGCGGUCACUGUUCGCAGAUUGCAAGGCGGAAAGGCAAUAUGUGCACUGGAAUCAGGAUUAACUGGAAUACUCACAAAGGAAGACUAUGCAGAUGAUUGGCGGGAUAUACCUGAGCUGGCUGACAGGCUGCAUGAAGGUGAUAUGCUAACCUGCAAGAUCAAAUCAAUUCAAAAAAAUAGGUUUCAGGUAUUCUUGGUAAGUAAGGAGGGUGAGAUGAGGAAAAACCGACAUCAGCAAGUCCGCGUUUUGGAUCCUUAUUACCAUGAAGAUCGAAGCAGCCUGCAGAGUGCACGAGAAAAAGCUCGCAAAGAGAAGGCGCUAGUAAAGAAACACUUUAAGCCUAGGAUGAUUGUUCAUCCUCGCUUCCAGAAUAUAACCGCUGAUGAAGCAAUGGAGUUCUUAUCGGACAAGGAUCCUGGGGAAAGUGUAGUUCGUCCUAGUUCUUGGGGGCCAUCCUAUUUAACUUUAACUCUAAAAGUUUAUGAUGGCGUUUAUGCUCACAAGGAUAUUGUCGAAGGAGGAAAGGAACACAAAGAUAUUACCAGUUUACUGCGUAUCGGAAAGACCCUGAAAAUUGGGGAGGACACUUUUGAGGAUUUGGACGAGUUAAUGGACCGCUAUGUUGACCCCUUGGUGGCUCAUCUCAAGACGAUGCUAAGCUAUCGAAAGUUUAGACGGGGCACCAAAGCAGAAGUUGACGAGCAACUAAGGGUUGAGAAGUCGGACCACCCAACAAGAAUAGUUUAUUCUUUUGGCAUUGCUCAUGAGCACCCUGGCACAUCCAUUCUGACCUACAUUAGAGGCACAAAUCUGCAUCAUGAGUAUGUUGGUCUGUAUCCCGAGGGGUUCAAGUUUCGGAAAAGGAUGUUCUCAGACAUCAAUUCCCUGGUAUCAUAUUUUCAGAGGCACAUUGAUGAUUCUGUACAUGAAUCAGGGCCAUCAAUUAGAUCAGUUGCUGCCAUGGUACCCAUGCGAAGCCCUGCAACUGGGGGCCUUCAGGGGCAAUUAGUGUAGGAAAAAAAAUUUGUACCGAGUUAAUUUUACCAUGAACAUAUUAUAUUUUAGGCAAAAGGUACAUAUACCCUCAUAGUUUCUCUAACAGUACAUAUUAGUGCUUAAACUUCUUUGUGUAUAGAAAAACCCUUUUUGUUUCAAAAUUGAACAAUUAAAUUUCACCGUCCAUCAAUGUUAUAAACUGCUAUUGUAUUUUAAA